UCGUGGGAGGUCGUCGCGGCCGUCUCCCGCCGAUCCGCGUGUACCUUCAUGAAUAAUUGAAUUUAAAAAAUUUAAAAAUUAACGAUCCGACACUGUGUUUGUUCGCAUUGACGUGAGCCGUCAUAGUUUUUGUGCGAGUGAGUGCUGUGGAGUGACUUAAAAAGUGCUUUAAAAAGUUGAUAAGUGUUGUGAUUUCUUUUAAAUAGAAAAAAACAACGUCAUUGGAAUUGGAAGUAAGUGGCCUUAAAUAUGGUUUAUGAGUAUUGAUUCGUGCAAACUUUCGUGGGUCAAGGUGGAUUGUAAAAAAUACUUAAACUUGCUGUUUAUAAAUAGAUCCUACACAGCCGUGUGUAACUAAGUAGGAGCAGAUUAAAACAAUAUUUCAUCAGUACUUUACCUAGUUCAACGACGAAGUUGAUUAAAGUAUGAAAAGUGGAUAUGGAUAUGUGAAGAGAAAGUAGUGUGGAAAAUUAUUUUGAACCAAUGCGCCGCGCCGUCAGCCCUCAGGAAUGCGACGAGACGCGGCGAUGACAAACAUUAUAGCAAAAUGGCUCAUAAAUAUUGGGAGGCAUGGGUGAAAGUCGCUUUCAUACCCCUGGUCUUAACUACGACGGUGGCAGACUUCACGACAGAAUGCCAGCGGCCCUGCGACUGUAGGUGGCAGUCGGGCAACAAGGCAGCAAUCUGCUCCAACUCAAGCUUGAAAGUCGUACCUGGAAACCUCAGCAACGACAUCCAAAUCUUAGACUUAACGAACAAUAAUCUACAACACCUACCCCAAGAAGCGUUCAAGAAGGUUGGACUGAGUAAUCUAAAGAAAUUGUUUUUGAAGGAGUGCAACAUAGAGGCUAUACACAAAACUGCGUUCGUGACGCUGGCAAUCAUGAUAGAAUUGGAUUUAUCCAAGAAUAAAAUACGCUACCUUCACCCGGACACGUUCAAAGGCACCGAGAAACUGAGGUUAAUAAACUUAAGCAACAACUUUAUAGAUAAGUUAGAGGACGGGCUGUUCCGCAACUUGAAGUUUCUGCAGAAAGUCGAAGCGAGCAAUAACAUGAUAGUGCGGAUAGGAACUAGGGCCUUUGUGAAUUUGCCACAACUGAAGAUACUGCGUUUCGACGGAAACAAUUUAAGCCACAUGAAGCCGGAGACUUUGAUAGGAUUGAAGAAUCUGUCCGGUCUCGACUUGCACAACAAUCCGUGGCGCUGCGACUGCAACUUGCAAUCGUUCCGCGACUGGGUGGUCACUCGCAAUCUGUACACCCCUCCCACAUCGUGCGCCGAGCCGGCCUCCGUCCGAGACAAACUUUGGAAUGAAUUAGAUUCUUCAAACUUCGCGUGCAGGCCUACUAUCCUCGAACCGCUGCCAGACUCUACGGUCAAAAGUUACGACGAGAACGUGACUUUAACUUGUAAAGUUGUUGGCAACCCACCACCUGACGUCGUGUGGCGUUUCAACGGUCGAGCAAUCGAGAUGAAAUCGUUUGGAGAAUUGAGACACUCGAUUAGUGAGAACACAAUGGAUUUGAUUAGAUGGGUCAACUUGACCAUCAUAAACGCGAGGUAUAGUGACAGAGGGAACUAUUCCUGUGUGGCAGAGAACCCUGGAGGUCGAGACGAAAAGACUCUGACCUUGAUAUUGUCCAGGUUUGGCACUGGUGGUACAAUAGCUGGAAUGGACACGGAUUCCUUCGCCAUACUGAUAGGUUGUCUGACUGCUGUAGUUAUUAUAUUUGGGGCUUCGUUGGUCGUGUGCUAUUUCACGACGCAGAAUGGUGAAAUUAAAAGACUGAUUAAGAACGACUCCCGGUCUCCGAAUGGGGAGGUGUUGAUCGAGGGCUCGGUGGCGUCGGAGAAUGAGAAGGGAAUGAAGAUGGAAGUGAACCCGGUGACGAAGCCUCCGCGGAAGUAUGAGCCGCCUCCGUCCCUGACGAGCGAGGCGACGGAGAUGUCGGAGCUGAACAAAACGUUGUUGGAUAACGAUUCUGUUAUUGCAUCCAACGAAGAGAACAACCGCCACAUAGAACCGGAGCCGCCAAAAGUGUCGCAAGAGACGCUUUUAAUCGACCGCCUUACUCAAGAGCACCAGGCUUACCCUCCAGACCUUCUAUCAUUCCCUCUGAGAGGCCCUCAAGUCUCUCCCGCCGGAGUGACAGCUCAGAACCUGGAGAGUCCUGUCAAAUCUCCAGGAUACGGAGUUGCAUCAGUUAAUCCUGCUUUGUACAGCAGGUUUCAGUCUCCGUAUCAUGGGAACAUGAUCAGUCCGAAAGGCUACGUUACUUUACCCAGAAGACCACGUGCCCAGGAAAGUUCACUACGACCUCAAGUUUUCUCCACUGUUAACGGAGUUAUACCAUAUUACGACACGUUUAAUAUGAAACUCUUCCAUGGCGCCAACUACUACAGCCUCAACAAGAGUGAGAUGGACUUAGGCCCGCUGGGGAAGGUGAGCUCGAACUUCGAUGAAGAACUGGAGCCAGCACCCUCACCAGCUCCCGGGACUCCUCACGCGACAAUACCAAGAAGCAGCAUCAGCUCCCCAAACAUUCACAACCAGUUACUAGCUCUGCAAAUGGCGAAUGACCAAAGACCACUGAAGGUCUUGCUAGCAGAAAAUGAAUGUUUACUGCGAUAUCCAAAGGAUUUGAAGAUAGGGUAUAGUGGAAACUUAGUUGGUGGUACAUUAGGGAGAAGGACUGCACCGAAACCGCCUCCUAAGCCUAGGAAAAGGAAUUCUUGUGAAGUGAAAGAACCAUUUUUGAUGAAUAACAGCGAUAAUGCAACUCAAGUGUAAAAAAUUGUAGCUUGGAAUUCUGUGUGCGAGUCUAAACGCCUCGGUAUAUUUUAAAAGGCUUUUAAAUCUCUUUUCGAUGCGAAAUUCGGAGGUAACGACAGCUUUAGACGCGACUUUCAUUUGAUUUUAUGUUGGCUAUGUUUACUGAAAUACCAUACGUGAAGUUAUACCUAUUUGUUUUAUCGUUCGUGCGAUUAAUGCGUUAUUUAAGCCACUAAUCAUUAUUAUUCCUUCUUUUCUUUAAUAUUGUGAAGUCGACUAGUAUCGAUAAUUAAAUACGGAUGUCAACCAUUAGGUAACCUAAUUCGAAGACUAGCCUUAAAAACAUAGAUUCCAAAAAUAUCAAUUAUAAAGGCAUUCGUUAAUUAUGAAAUUCAAUGUACCCAGCGAAAUACCGGUAGCAAAUAACCGCUUUGUUUCUAUUUGGCACGCUACUUGCUAAACGGAAAAUACAAUUUCUUGACGUAAUUUCUAGGUCGGCUGGAGUUAUGCCUACCUUUAUUUCGUAUCUUAGGUACCGUUUACGACUUGGGUUUCGGAUAAAAUUUUGUACAUUUUAGUUACCUUUUACCUUUUAAGCUACCGAGGCUAAGUAUUUUUUUGAACCUCGUUUUGAUUGAACCUUAGUGUACUGGAGCUGUGCUUGUUUUUCAUUUACCUUUAAGUAUGUUUUUAUUUUUAUCCUGUAUAGCGAUCAAAAGAACUAUCUAGAUUUUUUCGUAUUGAAAUCGUUAUACGGAAUAUUCUGGAAAUUAUGUAAUUUUAUUGUGAUUAUUACGUUUUACAUUUUAUUGUCUGUGCAUUACGAUGCAAGUUACCUAAACUGUAAAUAAUUUCAAAACCGUUCACUUGGUAUCACGCACUUUUUUGCUAAUCGUAUUUACAAAAGACUAAAAUUACCAUUAAAAUAAGUUAAUAUAACAAAAGUAUUUCAUAAUCUAGUAACGAUAUAAACGUGUUGACCUACAAGCGAAAAUGGGCCUAAUUAUCACUAUAAAUUAGUUUGUAAAUAGCCGAGUCUCGCACACAAUUCUGUACAUGACCUAAUAGAAGGUACGUAGAUAUAAUUCUCUGAAACUAAUUGAACAUUAUUGGCAGAACUCCAAA